AUGCCGCUUGGUGCCAAAUGUAAUUCCAUCAGAAUUUGGGACCCUAUUAUAGAGAAGUUUGACGCUAGACUUUCAGUUUGGAGGCGUAUUUCAUUAUCGAGGGGAGUCAUUACCUUCUGGAAUGACUGCUGGUGCGGGAAGCAACCUUUAUCUUCUAGUGAAGGAAAUUGGAAGUUCCAGAAUAAAUUGUUCAAGUUGACUAGGAAUAAAAAUGCUUGUAUUGCUGACAUGAUUUCUAGUGAAGGAAAUUGGAAGUUCGAUUUCAGGCGGGUCCUAUCAUAUACAGAGGCUAAAGCAUAUGCAGUGCUCAUUACAACCAUUAGUGAUGUUCCCCCUGUUCGUCAUGGUUUGACAGAUACAAGGAGGUGGAAAUUGCAUCCCUCUGGUGUGUUCAUUGUCAAAUCAUUGUAUUCUCAGUUAGUAGCAAAAAAUGGCGUGCCUCACUUUCCUUCUCAUUUCAUCCAGCAGCAGGCAAUCCCUCCAAAAAUCUGUUUUCUUAUGUGGUGUUUUGUUCAUGACAAGCUGAAUACUAUAGAUAUGCUUCAAAAGAAAGGUAUGUCUCUUCAUAAUGAUUGUGCUUUGUGUGGUGGAGGAGAGGAGUCACAGAAUCAUCUUUUCCUACACUGUAAGCUUGCAUACAAAAUUUGGUGCCACUUAACACCAACAACAGGCUGGACUUGGGUUUUGCCGGGAUCAAUGAGAGCAUUGGCAGAUACCUGGCACACUAAGCAAUUUUCUCAAUCAGGCAACUACAUCUAG